ACCAAAACAAUCAACCAUGCCUUUCAACAACCCUCACAAGUGGGCCUUCUUCCACUUCCCUUUCAGUUUCUUACCUUCAUCAGCAAUAGAGAACCAACCAAUUUCAUUUUGCAGAUUAGAUAAGCCAUCAUUGCCAAUAAUUACAUUCCUUGGAAUAUCCCAUCUUUCUCUUUUAAAUUAUCUGGUUCAUAGUUUUCCCUCCUUUGCCUUUGACCAAAGUUUAGAGUAGAAGAAAUCUCUGUUUUUUUUUGUGUGUGUAUUAGAAGUUAAAAAGGGGAUAAAAAAAACUCAGGUACAGAAAAUGAGUACAUCUUCAUUGUGUCAAUCAACUCUUCAAUCUCAGAUUAAUGGGUUUUGUGGAGGUCUUAAUCUUCACAAGCUUCAGAGAUCUACCUCUACUCCCAAUUCUUUGACUUCUACAAGGAGAAAAAUUCGAACAGUGGUGAAGGCAACGUCUCGAGUCGACAAGUUCUCAAAAUCUGACAUCAUAGUUUCUCCUUCUAUUCUCUCUGCUAACUUUGCAAAGUUGGGUGAACAGGUAAAAGCUGUUGAAUUGGCUGGCUGUGAUUGGAUCCAUGUUGAUGUAAUGGAUGGUCGUUUUGUUCCAAACAUUACUAUUGGACCUCUGGUGGUUGAUGCCUUACGGCCUGUGACUGAUCUCCCACUAGAUGUGCAUUUGAUGAUUGUUGAGCCAGAGCAGAGAGUCCCAGACUUCAUCAAAGCAGGUGCUGAUAUAGUGAGCGUUCACUGUGAGCAAUCAUCCACCAUUCAUUUGCAUCGUACUGUUAACCAAAUCAAGAGUUUGGGUGCUAAAGCUGGAGUUGUCCUUAAUCCUGCAACCCCUCUAAGUACAAUUGAAUAUGUGCUUGAUGUGGUUGAUUUGGUCUUAAUAAUGUCGGUAAACCCUGGCUUCGGGGGACAAAGCUUCAUUGAGAGCCAAUGCAAGAAAAUCUCUGACCUGAGAAGAAUGUGUGCAGAGAAGGGGGUAAACCCAUGGAUUGAGGUUGAUGGUGGAGUUGGUCCCGCAAAUGCAUACAAGGUCAUCGAGGCCGGAGCCAAUGCUUUAGUUGCUGGUUCCGCGGUCUUUGGAGCUAAAGACUAUGCUGAAGCUAUCCGAGGGAUCAAGACAAGCAAAAGGCCGGAACCUGUUGCCGUUUGAGGUUCUAAGCGUAAAAAACCGUUAAACACACCCUGAAAUCAAUAUAUUUUUACACCCAUAUACGCAGCAGAUGUUCGCAGACAUUGUGUUAAUGCUUGAAGACGACAUCCAGCAAGGGCGAUUAUAGGAAUACAACUCUAACAUAUGCAAGUUUUGUUUUUGCACAAUGUCCAUUCUUAGUGGAUAUUGUUCGUGCACGUCUGUAUAAAUGUUCUGGGUUGUAUUGACAUUCAUAACUACCAAUAAGAUUAACUUCCAAUCAACAAGGUUGAAUUAUGACUAAA